AAUGAGCUCGGGGGGCGGCCGGGCCCCAGGGCCUCUCCUGCUGCUGCUGCUGCUGCUGCUGCUGCUGCUGCUGGCGCCGCGGUGCGUGGGGCGGCGGGCAAUUGUGAACAGAUCUAUUCCCGAUGUCUGUGCAACUUGCCACAUUCAUGCAACAUGUCAGCAAAGUGGAGGAAAAAGUGUUUGUAUCUGCAAUUAUGGAUUUGUAGGCAACGGAAGAACCCAUUGUCAAGAUGGAACAACCCCCAACCGCUUCAGCCAGCCCACAAUUAUAUUCAUGGCCUCCAUUGGACUUGCCCCAGCAGGUCAAUCUCCUUCUUAUGUUGGACACCUUAGAGCUGGAUAUACGGUUCCAGAUAAAGAUGAAUGCCAGAUUGGAGCCAGCAAGAUCUGUGGAAAUCAUACACUGUGUCAUAAUACACAUGGAAGUUUUUACUGUGUUUGCCUAGAUGGAUACCGAGCCUCCAACAACAACAAGACAUUUAUUCCCAAUGAUGGCACAAACUGUACAGAUAUAGAUGAAUGUGAGGAGUCUGGGCUGUGUGGUCACAAUGCAAGAUGUGUGAAUACUGAAGGAAGCUACAUGUGUUACUGCAACGAUGGUUAUAAAUUAGAAACUGGAGAGCAUUCUUUCCAUCAAGAUGGAAACAUGGUUUCAUGCAAAGAAAUUGGAUGCGGUUCCCCUCCUGAAAUGAAGCAUGGCUACAUUGUGGGGAACUACAGCUUGCUACCAGGAAGUGCAGUUCAAUAUGAGUGUCAAGAAGGGUUUUACAGCAAUGAAGCAAAGUUCUCAUACUGCACUGCAAAUGAAACUUGGGAACCUGCGACUUUAAGCUGUAAAGGUGUGGACUGUGGGGUUCCACCUUGUGUUUUGAAUGCAUGUCCAACAUCUGUGAGUGGGACCACGUACAGAAGUGAAGUUACUUAUGAUUGUAGUCAUGGUUACCUGAUAGCAGGCGGCAGUCGCACUGCAACCUGCAAUGCCAAAGGACAGUGGGAUGGCCCCAAUUUAGUGUGCAAAGAAAUAGACUGUGGCAAACCUUGGCUGAUUCCACACACAACAAUGACUUGGGACAACUCUACCACUCUGUGGAGCAGAGUGUACUAUCACUGUAAAGAAGGAUAUUAUUUCAAUGGAGACAGGAAUUUUUCAGAAUGCACAAUAGAUCAGUCAUGGGAGAAUAUUACAUACGUAUGCCAAGAGGAGGAAUUAUUCAGUAAUUUAUCCAUAUUCAAUGAAACGUGUGUGAGGUGGCAAAGGAAAACUGGAAAACUGGGGGUGCAGAAAAUGUACACAUUUCAUAUACUGGGCCGAAGAUUGGAUGAGAAGAUAUUCUCAGAAAUUAUGAUAUUUAACAUCAGUACAAGUGAAGAUAAUCCAAAGGUGUGUUUGGAUCUGAACUCUGGAAGUAACUACGUGGUGAAUAUAACUACCAUUUCUUCCACAAACAUCACUGUCUCAGUUACAGUAGCAAUUCAGACAAAGGUAAAGGAAGCUUUCAAUAACGUAUUCAUUUUUAAUGAUACCUGCUUGAAAUGGAGGAGAAAUGUCAGGGGAACUGAUGUGGAAGACAGAUACUCAUUUCAUGUGCAAGGCCAGCGUUGGUAUCAGAAGAACUUCUUUCAUGAAAUGACCUUUGAACUUUCCACACACAAGCAAACUCCUGAAGUUUGUUUAGAUUUGCAACCAGGCACCAAUUACUCUAUUAAUAUUUCCAUGGUAGCUUUGAAAUUUUCACUGCUUGUUUCUUUGACAACACAAAUUACAGAUCCCCCUUUCCCAGAAGUAGAAUUUGUUGCAGUUAAAGGUUCUGCACCUUUGCUCAGACUCCGGAAAGCAGAAGAUCAAAAUGGACCAAUCAGUCUUUAUCAAGUGAUUGUGCUUCCCCUGGAUUUGCAAAGCACUUUUAUUUGUGACUCCUUUGCUGCUACAACUUUCUUCAGUAAUACCACUGAUAUUAAAGGAUAUGUGGCAGCUGAAUUUCAGGCGAAGGAUGUUGCUGAUAAUAUGUCAAUUGCUCUUGGAGACAGACAUUAUUAUGGGAAGUUUUAUAAUGCUCCUUUAAAGCUGGGAGAAGAGUAUUGUGUUUUUUUGAAAAUAAUAAGUGAGUGGAAUAAGGUAACAACACAGUCCUGUGCUGUUUGGGCACAAAUUAAAAAUUUAUCACCCACUCUGCAAUAUAUGACUGCUGUUGGAUUAGGGUCAGUGGCUACUGUCUGCCUUAUAUUGUUCCUGUCAUUCUCCAUGGCACGCUCUUGUCUCCACAGCUCAGUGCAUCCCCCACCUGCUGCUGUGGCUUGUGAGGCUGUACAUUUAUCUACAGCCGUAGACAUGGCACAAGCAGGGAUUGCAUCAUCGUUCCUAGAGACUGAAAGUGUCUCUCUUUGAUGUUUUAUUCUCUGAAGUCAGCAUAGAAAAAACGUGCUCUUCUUUCAAAGCCAGCAUUUGUCAGGUAUCUGCAUGUCACGUGUGUACUAGAGUAUGGGCAGUUUAAAUGUGUUUGUCACUGGAAGGAGAUAUUUGUUGUUUUGCCUUAUUCCAGAUGGUGUGGUGUGUGAAGAAGAACCUUCCCUCACAAGCAGGUUAUCAUGCAUCCCAUGUGUUGGUCACAGGCUUCCAGCUAUUCCAGCUGCAUGAGUGCCUGUUAAUGAGUGCUUGUAUUGUACUUGAUUACAUGAAUAAUUCCCUGAUCCAGUUGAGACUGUUUGAGGGUUAACUGCUCCUUUAGAUGUCUUUGCACACAUAAACUGGCCUAUUAUGCAUGAAAAUACAGACCUACCCUUAUGUAAGAUAAGGUGCCUGUUGUAUUUUCAAUUAUAAAGGUAGAACACUUCCAUCAGUCACUUAAAAGUAAUGAUACAUCAGUAACAUGUACACUUGUUAGCCAUGAAGUUGCCAUAUUCAAGCAGUGUCAGCAACUGAUAUGUUCCAGAGAUACUGCAAUCAUUGCUCAUAGUAAUUAGCAGUAAUUGCAAAUAAUAUACCAAUCUAUAAAACUGCAGGUUGCUCAAAAGCUGUUUGCUUUAAUGGCAUGUGAAGCUGAUUUAUGGAAGGACCUUCCUAUGUUUAGUGCAGUUUUGUUAAUCUCUGUUUAUAGCUGAGUAAGGCCAUUAAAUCAUUGUCUGGCUAAUGGCUGGUGUGUGACAUCUGGUUAGAGUCACUUAAUAAGGUACAAUUAACCAAUUUCCUAUGGCAUACUCCCAGAUAAUACAUUUUUUCUUCUGUAAGAAAGAAUCAAUGGCUUUGAUUAUUUCCACUCCUCUUCAGAAGUUGCUUUGUUAAAUGUUAGGGAAAAAAAAAAUUGUUACCUG